UGACCCAAUGGGCCGGUUCGAAAAAGUUGUCUUUCUCUCUUCUCUCUCUCGAUUCCACAGUUUUUCUUGAGUUCUUUCUUCUUCUUCUUCUUCUUCUUCUUCUUCUUCUCUUGGGUGGGACUCAAAAACAUAAAGAAACAUUUUAUAGAGAUCUUUGUUUCUUCUCCCGCAUUUUGAGUGUAGCAUCUGUAGCUGAAAGGUAGCCAAAGCGAGAUCUGAGUAACGGAGUUAAUCUAAAGGGAGAUCAGCAAUGGCGCAACCUCUCGUGAAGAAAGACGAUGAUCACGACGAUGAGUUGGAGUAUUCUCCAUUCAUGGGAAUUGAGAAGGGAGCUGUACUUCAAGAAGCUAGAGUCUUUAAUGACGCUCAGGUUGAUCCUAGAAGAUGCUCUCAGGUCAUCACCAAACUUCUUUAUUUGCUUAACCAAGGGGAGUCAUUCACCAAGGUCGAAGCAACGGAAGUUUUCUUUUCAGUUACAAAGCUUUUCCAGUCGAAAGACACUGGUUUGAGGAGAAUGGUCUACUUGAUCAUUAAGGAGUUAUCUCCAUCAUCGGAUGAGGUUAUCAUUGUAACAAGCUCCCUGAUGAAGGACAUGAACAGUAAAAUUGAUAUGUAUCGAGCUAAUGCUAUCCGUGUCCUCUGCCGGAUUAUUGACGGAACGCUUCUCACUCAAAUUGAGCGAUACUUGAAACAAGCCAUUGUGGAUAAGAAUCCCGUUGUUUCAAGUGCUGCUUUAGUCAGUGGGCUUCACUUGCUAAGGACAAACCCAGAAAUUGUUAAAAGAUGGAGCAAUGAGGUUCAAGAAGGUAUUCAGUCCAGAUCUGCCCUUGUUCAGUUUCAUGCCCUAGCUUUGCUCCAUCAGAUACGGCAAAAUGAUCGCUUGGCUGUUAGCAAGUUGGUUGGUAGCUUGACCAGGGGAUCUGUCCGCUCGCCCUUGGCUCAGUGUCUUUUGAUACGUUAUACCAGCCAGGUUAUCCGUGACAUGGCCAACCACGGUCAAUCUGGAGAACGUCCGUUCUAUGAAUUUCUGGAGAGUUGCCUUCGCCAUAAAGCUGAAAUGGUGAUCCUUGAGGCUGCCAGGGCGAUCACUGAGCUUGAUGGUGUGACAAGCCGAGAAUUAACUCCAGCAAUCACUGUUCUCCAGCUCUUUUUGAGUUCCCCCAGACCAGUGUUGAGAUUUGCUGCUGUUCGGACUCUGAACAAGGUUGCAAUGACUCAUCCUAUGGCUGUCACCAACUGCAACAUUGAUAUGGAGAGUUUAAUUUCUGAUCAGAAUAGAAGCAUUGCUACACUCGCAAUAACCACACUCUUGAAAACAGGGAACGAAUCAAGUGUAGAACGCUUGAUGAAGCAGAUAACUAAUUUUAUGUCAGAUAUUGCUGAUGAGUUCAAAAUUGUGGUCGUGGAAGCAAUAAGAUCGUUGUGUGUGAAAUUUCCACUGAAAUACAGAUCCUUGAUGACCUUCUUAAGCAACGUUCUUAGGGAGGAAGGUGGAUUUGAGUAUAAAAGAGCAAUAGUGGAUUCUAUUGUGACCAUUAUCAGAGAUAUUCCUGAUGCGAAAGAAAGUGGAUUGCUUCAUCUUUGUGAAUUCAUUGAAGAUUGUGAAUUCACAUAUCUUUCAACACAGAUCCUUCAUUUUCUGGGAAUUGAGGGACCUAACACCUCAGAUCCAAGCAAGUAUAUACGAUAUAUUUACAACCGUGUGCAUCUUGAAAAUGCCACUGUCCGGGCUGCUGCUGUUUCCACACUUGCAAAGUUUGGAUUUAUGGUUGAAUCCUUGAAGCCCCGGAUUACCAUUCUGUUGAAGCGCUGCAUCUAUGACAGUGAUGAUGAGGUCCGUGAUAGAGCAACACUAUUUUUGAGUGUUCUUGGUGGUGAUGGUACUGUUGACACUGAUAAAGAGACCAAGGAUUUUCUGUUCGGUUCCCUGGAGGUUCCUCUGGUCAACUUGGAAACUAGUUUGAAGAAUUAUGAGCCCUCUGAAGAAGCUUUUGAUGUCGAUUCCGUGUCUAAGGAAGUUAAAUCCCAGCCCCUUGCAGAGAAGAAAGCCCAGGGUAAAAAGCCCACUGGUCUUGGUGCACCACCAGCUGCACCUGCUUCUGGUUUUGAUGGCUACGAAAAACUUCUCUCAUCUAUUCCAGAGUUUGCCGCCUUCGGAAAACUUUUCAAGUCUUCUCCGCCUGUGGAGCUAACUGAACCAGAAACAGAAUACGCCGUCAAUGUUGUAAAGCAUAUCUAUGACAGUCAUGUGGUGUUGCAGUACAACUGCACUAACACAGUCCCAGAGCAGUUGUUGGAGAGGGUCAAUGUCAUUGUAGAUGCUUCAGAAGCAGAGGAAUUCAAUGAAGUAACUUCAAAGGCCCUAAACUCACUUCCUUAUGAUAAGCCUGGUCAAGCCUUUGUGGUUUUUAAGAAGCCAGCAGGGGUCCCUGCUGUUGGAAAGUUCUCCAACACAUUAACUUUCGUUGUUAAGGAGGUUGACCCAAGCACAGGUGAAGCAGAUGCAGAUGAUGAUGGAGUAGAAGAUGAGUACCAGCUGGAAGAUCUUGAGGUUGUAGCUGGAGAUUACAUGGUGAAAGUGGGUGUCUCCAAUUUCAGGAAUGCAUGGGAAAACAUGGAUGAAGAAGAUGAGCGUGUAGACGAAUAUGGUCUUGGCCAAAGAGAUAGCUUAGGAGAAGCUGUAAACGCUGUCACUGAUCUUCUUGGCAUGCAGAUUUGCGAGGGGACGGAGACAAUUCCGACCAACGCAAGGUCACACACGUGUUUAUUGUCAGGUGUGUAUAUAGGGAAUGUGAAAGUGUUAGUGAGGGCACAGUUUGGAAUGGACAGCUCAAAGGACAUUGCAAUGAAACUGACAGUUAGAGCUGAGGACGUUUCUGUCGCAGACGCCAUUCACGAGAUUGUUGCCUGCGGUUAAAAACCCUCGCGUUGCUACAAAAGUAUUGUUAAAGAUCCCCAUUUACCCAACCUUCAUAAUACAUGAACUAUUAUAAAUAGUAUAGUGUUUUCUUCUCUCUCUUUUUUUUGUCCCUACAACCAUUUCUGUCAAAUACUGUGGAGGUUUCUCUUUUAUAAUUUGACGAUGCUUUUUUGAUUUUUUA